AUGCAGAUCCGCCAACGCUGCCCAAAUCAAGGUGAAGCAUGGACAUGGUUCGAUUAUUGUUUCUUGCGUUUUGGCAUUCAGAGCUUCACAGGAAAAGCCGAUGUAUCUUUCGGAAUAAUAUAUUGGAAUGUGCAGAACAUAACAAAUCCUGCUAACUUCUACCUGAAACUUGGAGCUCUAAUGGAUCGAGUGAGAAAACAAGCUUUGGAGAGUUCCAGUGUUGGAUUGUUUGGUAAUAAAGGAGUUAUCAGCUUGACAUCUUCUGAAACUCUAUACGCCUUGGUGCAAUGCACUAGAGACCUAUCUAAGCUACAAUGUGGUAAGUGCUUAGACAUAGCCAUCAGCCAAUUCUCAGUGUUUUGCUUGAACCGGAAGGGCUGUCGAGUUCUAUACGGAAGUUGCUUUGCCCAGUAUGAGCUCUAUCCCUUCUUUUUCCCUCUGAGUAAUUCAACCUACUCUGCUUCAUCAGCUAAGUAUUUGAGGGCAGCUAUCUAUCCAUGA